AUCGAAGGUUCACUUGUCCCAUUUUAUAUCAUAUGAUGACAGAUUAACUCUGUAAGAAAACAUGUCGGUUUUAAUUUCCGGGUGUGAGCAACACGAACAUGAAGAAGUUCGUUUCUUUUGUCAGGACUGUAAAUUUUUAGUCUGCGACGACUGCAUUACAGGACCGCAUAAAAGUCACAAGUUCAUGAAACUAAAAGAAUUUGGAACCAAAUGCAGGAACUCUCUUUUAAAGGCCAUCACAGAUGCAGAAGAGUCUAAAAUUCCUCAAAUAAAAGAAUCAAUAUCGAAAGCAUCAGACGUACAGACCAUACUUAAAUCGUCCGUCAGUGAGCAAGUCGAACUCAUAAGAACGAAGCGACAGAUGAUUAAUGAUACAUUUGAUGAAUUACAAAAUGAAUUGAUUGAAAAUCUGAACUCAGAAGAAAAGAUUGCUGACAACGAGUAUAAAAGGUUCAUUAAAACACAAGAAAAACGUAUGGUCGAUAUUCAGACAAUACUUGAAACCUGCCAAACAAAUAGCAACGAUAUUCCUGACACAGACAUUGCUAAGUACCAUGUGACAUUAAAGAAACUGCUAGAACACGACCCAUAUACCGAUACCAUUCCAAACUUACAAGUACCGAUAUUCCAGUUUAACGAAGAAUUUGCAACCAAAAGUAAACUGCGGCACAUUAUGGGACAUACUGAAGCUGGAAUAUAUGAAAUGCUACAACCUAUCAAAAGUCAAGAAACGGCAAGUGUUAAAAGCGAGGAUUCCGGGAUUAUGGCACCUCAAAAUGAAGCAUUAAAAGAAGAAAACGAAGAAGGCAACAUCGCUUAUGUAGAUGCAAUUAAGUGGGAUAAGGAAGAACUCAACUUAGUGGUGUCCUUUGCUAGUGGAAAAGACGUGGUUUGGAUUGUCCCCCAAGAGAUAGAAUUAUGUGCUUGGUUGAUCGCUCGUGAUGUAAAUGACAUCGAUGUCAGAGGAGACAUUAUAACUUUAAAAACAUUGAAAAACCUAGACCAGGUUCCAAUCACAGCUGGUGUUAAUACUAAAAAUAGUUUGAUGAUCGGCUUCGCGAACAAGAAAACUUUAAAACAGUUGACUUGUUCUACUUCAGCAGUCACAAGGAAAACCUCGUUUUCACUUUCAUCUAGUAUUAACAUAGGAGAGCUACGUUUAUGCUGUAUUUGUAAGGCUGGUACGAGCGGAGACGAGCUCAUAGUAUGUCUUUUCGACAAGUCUGCAGGUGAUCGUGGAAGGUAUGUUAUACGGCGACACUCCAGUGGCAAGUCAGUUGCUAGAGAACUUUCACUUUACACAGAUAAAGUUGACAUCACCAACCCUGUUCAAAUAAGUGAAAAUAAUGAUGGCCUGUUUUGCAUUGUAUGUCGUCCUGAAAAGGAAUCGUGGGUCCUUGUUGUUGAUAAAAAUGGAAAUCAGCGAUUUCGGUUUCUGUCGGUUCUAAAUCCUGAAGAAACAGAAGACUUUGAUAUUGUAGGUGCCGGAUUUCUAAAUAGAUCUUUGCUCACCAUUACCAGUCGAUCCAAACGUGAGCAGUAUUUAGUCAACAUGGACGGACAGUGUAUUCAGAGGGAUAAACUUAGAAAUAACCCUAUCUGUUGUACUAUAAGCAGUCAGGACUAUGUGUGGAUUGGAUUUGAUGGCGGAGAAAUUGCUAUAUUUAAAUAUACUGAAGAUCAUAUUUAUUCAUCAAUUGAACCAAAAACGCAUAUGUAACACCCAGAACAUGAGUUAAACUUUAAAAUAAUUACACGAAAAACAAUGAAUAAACCCCGGGAAAUUAUCAUGUGAUACACCUGACCCAUUGAAUACCUGACUGUUACAUUAAACAAAAAUGAAGUUU